AUGGAAGAGUAAAGCUUUGAAGGAGAAAUCGCUUUCAAUACAGUUGAUUAUUUAGUUGGUGUGAGAUAAAUAUAGUAAACAGCAUUCGAUCCUUUGAAUUAAAGACUAUAUGUUGAAGUUGAGGAGAAGUUAACAGGUAACAUUUGGAAAGGAGAUUUUCAAGCUAAAUAUAUUGAGGAUAUUGCAAAUAAGACUGGUGUACCCAAGAAAUUUAAUGUCUUUGUGAAAAUGCUGAUACAGGCUUUAAGGAGUUAAAAUGAGAGUGUUUGCAUAGAUCUACUUACAUUUGCAGACUUAGAGGCACUGAAAACAAAGGGACAGAGUGCAAACAACAGAAGCAAUUUAAAUCAAACAACCACUAACAACAAGAGAUACUUUAUAUUAACUUACAUAACAGAGUUUGAGAGAGUACAUUACCCAUUAUCACUAAAUUAUGUUGAGGAGCCUGAGACUGAUCAGUUAAGAAGAACGAUCGAAAGAAUGAGAAAUAUGAUUCUAAUGCAGAAAUCCAACACAUUCUCCAAUCAUUAAUAGCCAUUUGGUGGUUUGAACACUAACAACUUUAGCUAGACUGCUUAUAAUAAGAUAGAUGAUUUCACCUAAAUUGAGUAGGAAAAUGAUAAUCUAAAAAGACAGAUCACUGAUCUAGAAUCUCAAUUCAGCUAAAGUCAUUAGGAAUUUUUCAGUCUCUCUUAACAAAAGUUCUACACAGAGAGUGAAUACGACAAAUAUAAAAGAAAUGCUUAGAGGGAGAUAUUAACUCUUCAAGAAUAAGUAAGAAAUGCUGAGGGAGAAUUAUAGCAACUGUAAGAAUAACUCAAAGAGAAGAACUCAGUGAACGGAUCUAAUAGAAUAACUUAGACUUCAGGUUUUAGUCUUAAUUCAGGUUAAGUUUAAGGGUCACAAAUUUCAGAUAUGGAUCACGUAAAAAGAUAACUUGAAGAUGUCUCUCAUUAGUUAGAGUAAGAAAGGUCUACAACUGGAUCAAUGAUUGAUAGACAAGAUAAGGAAAUUGAAGAGUGCAAAAAGGAAUUAGAAGAUUAAAGAGAAAAUGAAAAAAAGUUGAAAGCAAGGCAAAAGGAAUUAUAAGAUGAGCUAGAUUAAACCCUUAAAAGGAUAGAGUAAUUGCAGAGAGGGGUUUCAACUCCAGUGAGAAGAAGACCAGUAGGAGGUUACGGAACUACUGGAUCAGGCAAUGGCUCUAAAAAUGCAAGUCCCUACAGCAGAAAUAGUAGCAACUCAAAGAAGCAAGCUACUCCUACUAACUAUAAUAAGAAUCCUGUUACCAACAAUGUCUAUAACAGAAAUAGAGUUGGUUCAAAUGGUAGAACUACUGGAGUUACAGGACCUCAGCGACAAUCUCCCGCGACUUAGAAUAGGUUCGGUAAUAACAAGCCUCCUAGUCAAGUUAGACAACCAUCUAAUACUCGAUAAUCCCCUACAACUUACAAUAGGAAUCCUGUAUAGAGGCAACCAUAUCAAAGAAAUACUUCAAAUAAUAGAAGUGGAUCUCUUAAUAAUAGAGCUGCCAAUACAACUAACUAGAGAUCUACAAAUGGAACUAAUUAUGGACAAAAUAAACAAGUUGCUUAAAGAGUUGGAGCUAACUAAAAAUCUACUACAAAUUCAGGUGUAUAUGACAGACUCUAUGGAAAUAAAAGCAAGCCAUCUUCACUUAACAACGCUUAAUCUAAUGAAAGGCAGUAAUAGGAUUAUCAGAUAGCAGAAAGAGACAAUCAGCCAGAAACUGUUAAUAUCAACAUUAUUGGCAAUCAAUAAAGCAAAAAGAUUCUAGAUAACAAAGAAAACUAGCUUAUGUAAAGUAACUCAAGUAAUAAUGGAGGAGGUUCAUUCAUUAAUAGGCAUCAAGAUAAUUUUGAGACAGCAAAUGCUGGUGGAAAUAAUUAUGAUGAUGUUGAUGUCAAGGAUAUUAACUCAAAACUUUCAAGAUUACAGGAUCUUUUGCAGAAAGCAAAGCAAACUUGA